AGAGAAGAUGAUCAGAUAGAAGGAGGAGCUGACAAAGCUUGCCUGUUAAUGUUCAUCUGGCUGUGAGGAAGUCAGCUCCUCUCCUCUCCUCUUCUCUCCUCAUCAGCCAAGCUUCUAGAGGAAUCUGAUGUUUCAAAACCACAAGCCAGAGUGUUUUCCAAAGAUGGGAGAACAAGACCCCAGUGACAGGCUGAGAGGAGACCAGCUGAAAGAGAUGAAGGAAAAUGGCACUGGAAGUUUCUCCCAGUUCUCCUCAAGUGUGCGAGCCAUGGUGCGCAUUCGCCAGAAGUACCAGGCCAUGAAGAAACGCCGUCUUGAGAUAGCAGCGGUGUCGUCCCAGAGCUUUAUGUCUCCACGGUCCAGCCCAAAGGUUUUCACCUUUGACAAUCUUCCAGACACCAUAAACUCAAAUCCCACUUCCCCACGCAAGCGGAAGAAAAAGAGGAAGGCACGGGUUUUGUAUCCAAGCAGCAGUUUGAGAGCUGUACCCACAAAAGAGAGAAGCCGUGCAAAGAAAUGCCUUUACUUGCUGUGCAUCAUCGUAUUUUUACAAAUUUACAAUGCCAUUGAGAACUUGGAUGACCAUGUGCUUAAAUAUGAUCUAGAUGGACUGGAGAAAACCCUUAAAAGGGAAGUCUUUGGCCAACAAGAAGUUGCAGACAGUCUUCUGGGCCAUUUGCAUGAUUAUUUGUCAACUUAUGUCCACAAUAAGCCUUUAGUGUUGUCGCUUCACGGACCUACUGGAGUUGGGAAGAGCCACGUUGGCCGAUUACUGGCUCAGCAUUUCCGCUCAGUUGUUGGCGACGACUUGGUGAUGCAGUACUUCGUUCUGCACCAUUGCCCAACAGACGACGAUAUCCCACAAUGCACCAAAUCUCUGGACUCUCACGUCUCGGAUAUGGUGACUCAGGCUGAGGAACAGGAAAAGAUACCGGUCUUUAUCUUCGAUGAGGUGGAGCACAUGCCCAGAGAGUUGCUGGACACACUGCAAGACCUGAUUCAUACCCAAAACAACAACGAGUACUUAAACGCCAUCUACAUUCUCAUCAGCAACUUGGGACAUGAAGACAUCACCAAAUUCGUUCUGCAAAACUCCAGCGUCGCCGUCUCAGGCCAUCUGAGCUUGAUUCAGGAACUGAACCCUUGGUUUCGAGGCUACCUUGAAAGAUACCACAUGCUAUUUUUGGAGGCAGACAUCCUGCCAUUUAUGCUUUUGGAGAAGAGCCACGUAUUAGAUUGUUUUAUUGACGAGAUGUCCAGGGAAGGCUUCUACCCUGAUCGCUCCCACGUUGAAAAACUUGCUGAAGAACUAUCAUACUAUAUAGUUGGUGAACGGGAAUUUUCUCACACCGGAUGCAGGCAGAUUGUGGCAAAAGUAAAUCUUCUUUGAAACAAAAUCUGCCGUGCAGAUGUUCAAUGUGAG